AUGUCACAUCCAACGAACGAAUUUGAUCUACCCACCGAAGGGGAUCUACCCGCUGGAGCAGGACAAGGCAGUGAAGAUGUAGAUGAUACAGCCGCUUUGGAUGCAAUGAAAGCUAGAGUAGCAGAAAUGGAAGCAGAAGCAGCAAAAUUACGAGAAAUGCAACAAGAAGCAAAUAAUGGAAUGGGAGCAGGAACAGGACCUGAAGGUGAUCAAGGUCAAUCAUCUGAAAUUCCAGAAGAAGAUAAAGAAGAAGUGGAUUCUAGAAGUGUUUAUGUUGGUAAUGUCGAUUAUGGAGCAACACCGGAAGAAAUUCAACAACAUUUCAUGUCUUGCGGUACGAUUAAUCGUGUUACCAUCUUGUGUGAUAAAUUCACCGGACAUCCAAAAGGAUAUGCAUACGUCGAAUUCUCAGAUCCCUCACUGGUUGCGAAUGCAAUGGCAAUGAACGAAAGUCUAUUUCGUGGAAGGUUGAUCAAAGUGACUGCAAAACGUACAAAUUUACCUGGUUUGAAUGCUCGUGGAAGAGGAAGAGGGCGAGGACGAGGCAGACCAUUCCGUGCACGUGGUCGUGGAAGAGGAUUCCGUGGAUACUAUUGA